AUGAGAGAUAGCAAAGAGGAACAAUUCCCGAGACCUAUGAGGUCUGAUCCUAGCCAGAGGGACCCAAAUCUAUGGUGUGAAUACCAUGACACUAAUGGCUAUCGGAGUGGGGACUGCCGGUACUUCCUUGAAGAAGUGGCAAUGCUAUUGAAGAAUGAUCACCUCAGAGAACUAUUGAGUUACCGAGCCAAAAAUAAUUAUGGCCGGGAUAGGGGCGACGUGCAAACCUCGAAGGCAGGGGAAGAACCACCACGUCAAACGAUUAACAUGAUCUUUGGAGGGGACAAGAUUAAUAGGGUCACUUUCUCGGCCGCAAAGAAGAAUAAAGUAUCGACAACCUAUAGUAAGAGAUUCUGGGAGGAUGAUAUCACGUUUACGAAUGAAGAUGCGGACGGAUUACUACUACCGCACAAUGACGCACUGAGAGUUCUGGAUCAAGCUAAACUCACCGGGAACAUCGUCCCGGCAACAAAGCUCCUUGUCGGAUUCAACCUCACAAGCGUGACAACCCGAGGGGAAAUUUUACUACUUACGGAUGACGAGGGCGUAACAAAGACAGCUCUCUUCGAAGUAGUAGAUGGGGACAUGGGCUAUAAUAUCAUCCUGGGAAGGCUAUGGUUGCACGAGAUGAAAGUUGUGCCUUCAACGUACCAUCAAUUACUGAAAUUCUCGACACCCGAGGGGAUCAAGCGGAUAAGAGGUGAUCAACCGGCAACGAGAGAGAUGAAUGCAAUCUCAGUCUCUCAUAGCAAGGGAAAAGAACAUGUGGCAUAA